CCGGGCAUGCGCGCGCACACGCGCAGUCGCGCCCGCGCCAGCCAUGGCGGCCACCGGCCUGCCCGACGUCGAUCUCUCACAGAUAAAAACGCGCUCCAUCGAGAGAACCCUGCUCCCCCUCAUCAAGCAGAUCAGCAGUCUGGUGGCGUCACGCGGCGAGGCGUCCGGCGGGGCUGCCGUGCAACGCGUCGGGGCGGCCGUGUGCUGCGCCGUCGAGCGGUUCGUGGCCGUCGGCGAGACCAUCGCCGAUGACAACCCCGACGUGCGGCACAGCAUGGUGCUCGCCUGCAAGGAGGCGAGGGCCGCAGGUCGAGCAAUCGAGCGUGUGUGCGCGGGCGCAGACGGCGCGGGCAUGGUGUCGGCGGCGCGCGCGCUGCUGGCGGCCGUCACCAGGGUGCUGCUCCUCGCAGACAUGGUCGUCGUACGACAGUUGUUGCUGGCUAAGGAUAAGGUGGCACGUUCCCUGGACCGAUUGGAGUCGGUGUCGAACUUCGCGGAGUUCGUUCGUGCAUUCACGGAGUUUGGCGGAGGCAUGGUGGAGCUAGCGAGGCUAACCGCGGAGAGGCGAGCAGACUUGCGCGACGAGCGAAGACGAGCACAAGUAGCGGCAGCAAGAAACGUCCUCGAACGAUCCACCCUCAUGCUACUCACCUCCUCCAAGACAUGUAUGAGGCACCCCACGAGCGCGUCGGCCCGGGAGAACCGUGACACGGUGUUCUGUCAAAUGCGACGCGCCAUGGACCUCAUCCACUACGUCGUGAGGGACGGCCUGCCCGGACACGAGGAGCAAUCCCAUGAGGCCGCGCAAUGGGAGGCGGGCACGGCGCUGGGCGCGCUGCGCGGGCUCACGGGGCAGGUGCGCACGGCGCGCGCGCGCGGCGGCGCAGACAUCACGCGCCGGCGCUCGCUUGCCUCCACGCUGCGAGCACUCGUCGAGCGCACGCACGACUUCACCGACUCCGCCUACACCUCUCACGAACAUCGACAGAGAAUACUCGCGCUCGCCGAGAGAAUAGCCUACGAAUUAGAAAGAUUAGUUGCGGUCGCCGUAUCGUUGGAAGAGCAAGGUGCCAAUGGUACUGCGACGGCGCUGGAGAGUGCGUGCACGGGUGCGACGAGCGCCGCGUCGGAACUUGAACGCGCGCUGGUCGCUGCGGCGCGCGAUCAAGCGCGAGAUCUCGCCCCCCUCGCUGACGAAGCGAAGAGACUCGCCUCCGACCUUGCAUACAUAGGUAAACAACCAGCUAGUUCCUGUGGUGAGAGAGAAUCAGAGAGACUGCACAAUAUAGCCAGCCGGCUCCAUGAACAAUUAGAUCACAUAAUAGAGGUUUGCAAAUUACUGAGGCACAUAGCUUUGUCGGAGACUCUGCAAGUGAGUGCAAAGUUUGCCGAAAUAAACCUUAGGAUAUACGGUCCGCAAGUGGUGACGGCUGCGCGCACGCUGGCGGCGCACCCGGGCAGCGCGGCGGCGCGCGAGAACCUCGACGUGUUCGUGGACAUGUGGGCGUGGCUGCUGGGCGACGCCGCCCGCCUGGCGCGCGACCUGCUCGACCUCACCGACGACCGCCCCGACAAGCAGCAGUACAGCAGUCUGCCCAGGCCAGGGAAACACGGGACAACCAGCAAGCCUCUGAAAGCAGUUAGGCUGGAUUCUGACGAGCAAGCGAAAAUCGCAAAGUCUGGUCUAGAAAUGAAGAUGAUGUCUUCUGAAAUGGAUGCCGAGACUGAAAAAUGGCAGGGCGCAGCUGCCGAUGAAAAUAACGAUAUUGUGAAGAGGGCAAAAAAUAUGUCUUCCAUGGCCUUCGCUAUGUACCAAUUCACAAAAGGUGAAGGCCGUCUAAACACUACUCAAGACCUCUUCACACAAGCGGAGUAUUUCGCUGAGGAAGCCAAUAGACUUUAUAAAAUUGUCCGACAGUUUUCUUAUCAGGUACCCGCGGGAGCAACAAAAAAAGAACUUCUUGAGCAUCUUGAUAAGGUCCCAACGUAUGUGCAACAGCUACAAUUCACGGUGAAAGAGCCGACGGUUGGGCGCGCAGCCACCUUCAGCAAAGUAGACAACGUUAUACAGGAGACCAAACAUCUUAUGAACGUUAUUAGUAAAGUCGUAACUACAUGUUUCGAUUGCGCGAACAAGUAUUCCCUAUGUAUGCCUGAGAGAGUUCCUAUGCAUUGGAAGCCAAAUUUACAAAAAGCAUCCACGUAUAAGAGUGAAAAUAGUGUACUGAAUGGUUGAAUACAACCUGGACUUCACGGGGCUGACGGCGGGCGGCGCGAGCGGCGGCGGGCGCGGCGCGGCGCGGGACGAGGACGCGGGCGGCGGCGCCACGGGCGACGCCAAGCCGGGGGGGAGUAGCUCCGACACGGCCAUGUGACAGUACGGCAUGGGCCGGCGCGGCAAGGGCGACGCGCGCCGGACCAGGGUCAGCUUCCUCUUGUUUUAAAGACUUAAACGUCUUGAAACUACUCGUCGCCUGAAGUCGGAAGAACCGACACUGCGUCUAUACAUAAAUCUGUGCUAAAAUGCCUUUAAUUAUUGGAUGGGUGGGACAUUUAGGAUACUUAUGAUUUAAUAAGUGAUUGGAUAGACAUUCAGUUAACAGAUUUUUAUAACUAAAAUGUUAGCGUAAGUGGGUAAGGUUGUACUGUAAUUGGUGAAUCAAUGCAU